AUGGAUGACCUCGUCAACGGCAUCGAGCUGUUAGACGCUAGGCUCUGGAAGGAGGCGGCCAUCGCCCUCGUCACGAUAAUGUACGAAGAAACCAAGUCUAGGGGGUUCACCAUGAACUGGAAGGCGGGCAAGACGGAGCUCAUGGCCUUCUUCAGCGGCACAGGUGACAUCCAGGACAGAGCGGAGAAGUCCAGUGCCAUGGUGGGCAUGGAUGUUUUUGUUUUGUCUAUUAAUAUUCGCGAGCUUUUUCAGGACUCCACUGAGGGACUCCAUAAGGAGCUAUUGCUCAUUGCUGAUCUCAUUCUUGCUGGGCGUGUCAUUGGACUCGUGGCGGAUUUCUUCCUUUCCUCGUGGGACCCCACCCCCCGCUGCAAAGUCAAGGGCGGUGAGUGCAGGCCUUUAAGGAGCUGCGAUGAGCCUUGGGGAAUUUCUGCCAGGUCGCCCGCGGAGUGGAAGCAGCUGGAGCUCGACAGUGCCUGUUUGAGGGCGGCACUGACGCUUGCGCUGUGUGCGGCGUCCUCGGGCCUGGCGGUGUUGCUCAUUUUAAACCCACCGGCUCCGCAAGCCAACCUUCCCUGCAUGUGGAAGGUCCCCGAGGUCAGGUUCCUGUGCUCCCUGCAAGAUACGUCUCCGACGGUCACGUCGAGAUGUGAGCCCAUGGGGGACCGUCAGUGCCUGUGCAUGAAUGCCAUGCCGAUCAUGGCCCCUACCGACAGCAGCCAGAUUGAAGUCUACGCAGCUGCGGUCAUCACGCAGGCAGCCUCACAACGCUGUGCCCCCACGCCUCCUGGGGAUGCAUGGCUGGAGGCGUCAGUUGCCCAUCUAUACGCCCCGCUCGAUUUGUAUUGCGAGUCGGGUUGA